GUUUGAAAUGCAUUGAAAACACAUGAAAACGUUUGGCUGAAAAGCAAUGCAAUAAUGAAUCGGUUUUUAAUAGUUUUCAUUUUAGUGGUUAAUUGCAAUACAUUUGACACAAAAGACAAUCAAAUCAAUGAGAAUGUCAUUCGCGACGAGUUGACGACCAAAGCCUUCGAGUCGGCCUUCCCUGAGAAGCCCCUCCAAUUGGUCCGACCGGAUGUGCACCACAAACGUCUAGUCAUUGUCGAGGAAAAUGUCAAGUUAUUGCACCGAUUGGUGGGACCGGUGGCCACCGUUGCCGUUGUCGGCAAAUUUCAUUCCGGAAAGUCUUUCCUUAUGAACCAAUUGAUGGGCAAAUCCAGUGGCUUCGGCAUCGGACCAGACACUAGGCCUAAGACAAUGGGCAUCUGGAUGUGGGGAAAGCCGACUCAGUAUACCCUGGAUUCUGGUCUCAAAGUGUGGAUAAUCUUUUUGGACACCGAAGGCUUCGCCGCAAACAAUGUGUCCGAGAAUUAUGACGCGAAGAUAUUCGCCGUUUCGACACUCCUUUCAUCUCAUCUGUUGUACAAUUCAGUGAAAAUCAUCGAUCAGUCGGACAUCGAUUACUUGGAACUG